UCCGGCAGAGGAGUCAUUUUGCUGAAUUCGCCAACCCCGCAGACUCUGGGCGAUGGUUCAUUCCAACCGCAGGAGCGGAGCCUCAAUGCAUUGGGAUUUCUCUCAGCGCCGACACAGAGCGAACCUUCCUUUUAAACCCUCCGGUAACGUCCCUGCCCAAAAACAACACUGAUAUGAGAGCCGCUUCGCAGUGCAAGGGACCGGGGCUGGGCAGGACAGCGUGCAGGCGUUCACUGAACGGGACGAGGGAACAGGACACAAUGGGAUUUUUUGCUCUGAUGAAGGCGGGAGUACUAGUGCAAUAUUGGAGCCGAGUUCUGUUCGUGUAUAUGGGGCUGCUGGCUUCAUCUGCAAAUGCUCAGAAUUGCAGCCACACGUUAAGCGGACCGAACGGGACGAUAGAAAGUCCCGGAUUCCCCUACGGCUACCCCAAUUACGCCAACUGCACGUGGAGCGUCCAGGCCCAGGACCACAGCCGGAUACAGCUGGUGUUCCAGGCCUUCGCGCUGGAGGAAGACUUCGACGUGCUCUCUGUGUACGACGGGCAGCCCCAACAGGGGAACUUAAGAACAAGAUUGACUGGUUUUCAGGUUCCAGCCCCAGUGGUUAGCACAGGCCCCCUAGUCACUCUAUGGCUUCUCUCGGAUUAUGCUGUCAGUGGACAAGGCUUCAAAGCCACCUAUGAAGUUCUGCCGAGCCACACUUGUGGAAAUCCGGGCCGCUUGCAGAACGGUGUCCAGCAGGGCCCCACCUUCAACAUCGGGGACAAGAUCCGCUACAGCUGCACGGCUGGCUUCAUCCUGGAGGGGCACACUGUCCUCACCUGCCUGGCCACCUCCACAGGAACUGCCGCCUGGGACUUCCCCCUGCCAUUCUGCAGAGCGGACGACGGCUGUGGAGGGAUGCUGCGAGGUCAGAGUGGGGUCAUCUCCACGCCUCACUUCCCUCUAGAGUACCACAACAACGCAGACUGCACCUGGACAGUGCUGGCGGAGCCGGGAGACACCAUCGCCUUGGUCUUCUCAGACUUCCAGCUGGAGGAGGACUAUGAUUUCCUGGAGAUCAGUGGCACCGAGGGCCCCUCGCUGUGGUUUACGGGCCUGAGUCUGCCGUCUCCGGUGAUCAGCAGUAAGAACUGGCUGCGGCUUCACUUCACCUCAGAUGGGAAUCACAAGCAGAAGGGCUUCAGUGCACAGUACCAAGUUAAGAAAAUGACAGAACUGAAGUCCAGAGGAGUGAAACUGCUUCCCAGUAAAGACAACCACCAGAAAAUCUCAGUCUUGUCACAGGUUGGUGUGUCCCAGGGGCUAAACAUGUGCCCAGAUCCGGGGAUCCCAGAGCGAGGGAAACGAAGUGGAUCUGAUUACAGGCUGGGGUCCAGCGUGCAGUUUUCCUGCGACGAAGGCUACGAGCUGCAGGGCUCCAAGAGCAUUACGUGCAUGCGAGUGAGCGAAACGUACGCUGCGUGGAGCGACCAGCGGCCCAUCUGCAGAGCGCGGAUGUGUGGGAGCCACCUGCGAGGGCCGAGUGGAGUCAUCACAUCUCCCAAUUUCCCUGUCCAGUACGAUAACAACGCCCACUGCACCUGGGUCAUCACUGCCUCCAGCCCUGCCAAGGUGAUCAAGCUCUCGUUUGAGGAGUUCGCCCUGGAGCGGGGCUACGACACGCUGACCGUGGGGGACGGGGGACAAGUCGGGGACCAGAAGACAGUUUUUCAUGUGUUAACUGGCACCACCACUCCAGAUCUGAUUGUCAGCACCAGUCACCAGAUGUGGCUCCUCUUCAAGACGGAUGAAACCAGUGGCUUGCUGGGGUUCAAAGUUUCUUAUGAAGAGAUCGAGCAGGGGAGCUGCGGGGACCCGGGGGUACCGGCCUACGGCAGGAGAGAGGGCUCCAGAUUCCUUCACGGGGACACUCUGCGGUUCGAGUGCCAGCCCGCCUUCGAGUUGGUGGGGCUGAAGAGCAUCACCUGCCAGAAGAACAACCAGUGGUCUGCCAAGAAACCCAGCUGUGUCUUUUCCUGCUUCUUCAACUUCACCACCCCGGCAGGCGUGCUGCUCUCCCCCAACUACCCGGAGGAGUACGGGAGCAACAUGCACUGCGUGUGGCUGAUCAUCGCCAAGCCCGAGAGCCGCAUCCACCUGGCCUUCAACGACCUGGACGUGGAGCCGCAGUUUGAUUUCCUGGCUGUGAAGGACGGGGGCAAGGCGGAGUCCCCCGUGCUGGGCACCUUCUCCGGGACCCAGGUGCCCUCCCCCCUGACCAGCAGCGGGAAUGUGGCCAGGCUUGAGUUCCUGACAGACCACUCCAACGCCAAGCGGGGCUUCAACAUCAGCUUCACCACGUUCCGCCACAAUGAGUGCCCCGAUCCCGGCGUUCCGAUAAAUGGGAAGCGCUUUGGUGACAGUCUGCAGCUGGGAAGCUCAGUGUCCUUCCUGUGUGAAGAGGGCUUCCUCAAAACCCACGGGUCGGAGACCAUCGCCUGCAUCCUGAAAGAUGGGAAUGUGGUGUGGGACAACGCUGUUCCAAGAUGUGAAGCUCCCUGCGGAGGUCACCUGACCGCCCCCAGUGGCACCAUCCUGUCUCCUGGCUGGCCUGGAUUCUACAAAGACUCCCUGAACUGCGUGUGGGUCAUGGAGGCCCAACCAGGCUACCCCAUCAAGAUCAUCUUUGACAGGUUUAAAACAGAGGUGAAUUACGAUGUCCUGGAGGUGCGUGAUGGGAAGUCUUACUCCUCGCCGUUGAUAGGGAGCUACCAGGGUACCCAGGUCCCCCAGUUCCUGAUCAGCACCUCCAACUACCUCUAUCUGCUCUUCACCACAGAUAAGAGCCACUCUGACGUUGGCUUCCAGAUUCGCUACGAGACGGUGAAGCUGCAGUCGGACCACUGCGUGGACCCCGGAAUUCCUGUCAAUGGGCAGCGCCACGGCAAUGACUUUUACGUGGGAGCUCUGGUGAUGUUCAGCUGCGACUCCGGGUACACCCUGAGUGACAAUGAGCCACUGGAGUGCGAGCCCAACUUCCAGUGGAGCCGACCCCUUCCCAGCUGCGAGGCGCUCUGCGGGGGUUACAUCCAGGGGUCAACUGGCACCAUCCUGUCUCCCGGAUUCCCAGAUUUCUAUCCCAACAAUCUGAACUGCACCUGGGUGAUCGAGACUUCACACGGGAAAGGUGUGAUGUUCAUCUUCCAUACCUUCCACCUGGAGAGCCCUCACGAUCACCUGCUGAUCACGGAGAACGGCAGCUUCUCCCAGCCCCUGAAGAGGCUGACGGGCUCCACACUGCCCUCCCCUCUCAGCGCGGGGCUGCACGGGAACUUCACCGCGCAAAUCCGCUUCAUCUCUGACUUCUCUGUGUCCUACCAGGGCUUCAACAUCACCUUCUCAGACUAUGAUCUGGAGCCCUGUGAUGACCCUGGGGUACCCACGUUCAGCACUCGCAAGGGUCUUCAGUUUGGGGUUGGGGACGCCCUCACCUUCUCCUGCUUCCCAGGGUACCGACUCGAGGGCCCGGCCAGAGUGACCUGCCUGGGGGGCAGGCGUCGUGUCUGGAGCUCGCCUCUGCCAAGGUGUGUUGCGGAGUGUGGCUCGUCGGUGACUGGGACCCAGGGUGUGCUCCUGUCCCCUAACUAUCCCAGCCACUACAGCAACAACCACGAGUGCAUCUACUCCAUCCAGAGCCAGCCGGGCAAGGGCAUCCAGCUGAGAGCCAGGACCUUCCAGCUACAGGAGGGGGACCUGCUCAAGGUGUACGAUGGCAGCAAUAACUCUGCCCGUCUAUUGGGCUCCUUCUCUGGCUCAGACUUGCUGGGCAUAGGGCUCAACAGCACGUCAAGCUCUCUGUGGCUGGAGUUCAUUAGCAACUCGGAGAACACCAGCAAGGGCUUCGAGCUGCAGUUUUCCAGUUUUGAGCUCAUUAAGUGUGAAGACCCCGGGGUCCCCCAGUUUGGAUACAAGCUCCAGGAUCAGGGACACUUUGCAGGUAGCAUGGUCUCCUUCAGCUGUAACCCAGGCUACUCACUGAGGGGGAAUCCCUCCAUCACCUGCCUGACCGGGGAGCGGCGAGCCUGGGACAGCCCCCUGCCCCUCUGCGUGGCCGAAUGCGGGGGUCAGAUCCGUGGGGAGACGUCUGGACGGAUUCUCUCCCCAGGUUACCCCUCUCCUUAUGAUCACAACCUGCACUGUGUGUGGACUAUCGAGGCAGACUCAGGAAGCACCAUCCGUGAAGAGCCUCUUUCAUUUUUUAUUUUGCAAAAAAAAAAAAAAAAAAAAAAAAAACGUCAACAGGAAGCAACAACCAUAGCUGGGUGUUUUGUGUGCUUGUGUGACACUGUGCUUGUGCCUCCAGGUCCCUCUGGGCAGAGUCCCCUCCUGAUGACCCUGAGUGGAAACUACACUGCCCCGCUGAGUGUCACCAGCUCCACCAACAUGGUGUACCUGCGCUGGUCCUCCGAUCACGCCUCCAGCUACAAGGGGUUCCACAUUCGAUACUCAGCUCCAUACUGCAGCGCCCCCAGCGCUCCCUUGCACGGUGCAAUCCGCAGUCAGACUGGCACCAGGCUGGGCAGCACUCUACGCUUCAGCUGUGAUCAGGGGUACCGCCUCGUGGGGCAGAACAGCGCCACCUGCACCCGCUCCUCCCAGGGCGUGUACCAGUGGAACACCCCGCCCCCACUGUGCCAAGCUGUGUCGUGCAGCGUGCCGCGUGCCCCCGCCAACGGCUCUGUGUUUGGACGCGAGUACACGCUGGGCACCAGGGCCGUGUACCAGUGCAACCAGGGCUUCAGACUGCUGUCCGGCCAGCCUACCUCCGCCAUCUGCCAGGAGAGCGGAGAAUGGAGCCCCUCCAACAUCCCUCCGCGGUGUGCUGCAAUAACAUGUCCGGAUAUUAGCCAUGUUGCAAUGGAGCAUGGGAGAUGGAGGCAGAUCUAUGGUACCCAGAACUGGUAUGGUGCUCAGAUGAUGCUCAUCUGUGACCUCGGGUACUAUUACAGGGGCCAGCGCAUCACCACAUGCCAGGCCAACGGCACCUGGACCAUGCAGGAGCCCAGACCGACCUGUCGGAUCAUCUCAUGCGGGGACCUGCCCCAUCCACCCAACGGAAACAAGAUCGGGACGCUCACAGUGUACGGGGCCACCGCCAUCUUCUCCUGCAACACGGGCUACACACUGGUGGGGUCUCGGGUUCGAGAGUGCAUGGCCAACGGGCUCUGGAGCGGCACAGAGAUCCGCUGUCUCGCUGGGCAUUGUGGCACCCCGGACCCCAUUGUAAACGGGCAGAUCGUGGGUGAGAAUUAUAAUUACCGGGGCAGCGUGGUGUACCAGUGCAACCCAGGCUUCCGUCUCAUCGGCAUGUCCGUGCGGAUCUGCCAGCAGGACCACCAGUGGUCCGGCCGAACCCCUGUUUGUGUCCCCAUCACCUGUGGGCACCCUGGCAAUCCCACCAAUGGGCUGACGCAAGGCACCCAGUUCAACCUGAACGACAUGGUGAGAUUCGCCUGCAACACUGGCUACAUCCUGAAGGGGGCAGUGAGGUCCCAGUGCCAAGCCAACGGCCAGUGGAGCAACACUCUGCCAACUUGCAGAAUAAUGAACUGCACGGACCCCGGACAUGUUGAUAACAGUGUUCGGCAGGUACAGUCAAGUGGGCCUCAUCGAUACAGCUUUGGGACAAUCGUGUUGUUCCAGUGCAGCCCCGGGUACUAUCUGCUGGGCACGGAGGUGCUGUCCUGCCAGGGGGAUGGCACAUGGGACCGCUCGCUUCCGCAGUGUCUCCUGGUGUCAUGUGGGCAUCCCAGCGUGCCCCCCAGUGCUCAGCUAGAGGGGGACAGAUUCAUCGUAGGCUCAGUGAUCCGCUACAGCUGCGUGGGGCGGCGGGCGCUCAUCGGAAACUCAACCAGGACGUGCCAGCUGGACGGACACUGGAGUGGGUCGCUUCCUCACUGCUCGGGGGAGUUCCUUGGCAUGUGUGGCGACCCCGGUGUGCCCUCCCAUGGUAUCCGGCUGGGCGAGGAGUUCUCGGUGGGCAGUGCCGUGAGGUUCAGCUGUGAGCCAGGGUACACUCUGAGAGGCUCCUCUGAGCGCAGCUGCCAAGCAAACGGCUCCUGGGCAGGCCACCAGCCUGAGUGUCACGUGGUGUCCUGUGGGAAUCCGGGGACCCCCAGCAAUGCACGAGUACUCUUCAAUGACGGCCUGGUCUUCUCCAGUUCCAUCAGCUACUCAUGCCGGGAGGGCUACUACUCCACGGGACUGCUGACCAGACACUGCACCAUCAAUGGAACCUGGACCGGGGCCACUCCCGAGUGCUCAGUAAUUAACUGUGGUGACCCAGGGAUCCCAGCCAAUGGUCUGCGAGUGGGCAGUGAGUUCACCUACAAUAGGACGGUGUCCUUUCAGUGCUUGCCUGGGUACAGCAUGGACUCGGACCGUGCCUCCACCCUGCUCUGCACCAAGGACCGCACCUGGAAUGGCACCAAGCCCAUCUGCAAAGCGAUCCUGUGCGGGGCUCCCCCCAUUGUGCCCAAUGGGAGGGUGGUGGGCUCGGAUUUCCACUGGGGGGCCAGUGUGAGCUACGCCUGCGUGGAGGGGUACCAACUCUCCCUGCCAGCCGUGCUCACGUGCCAGGGUAACCGUAGCUGGAGCGGAGAGGUGCCACAGUGCUUCCCUGUGUUCUGUGGAGACCCCGGCACCCCGGCUCAGGGCAGGCGAGAGGAUCAUGGAUUCUCCUACCGCUCGUCUGUCUCCUUCUCCUGUUUCUCCCCGCUAGUGCUGGUGGGCUCGGCCCGUCGCUACUGUCAGUCUGAUGGCAUCUGGAGCGGCACGCAGCCCUCCUGCAUAGAUCCCAGCCACACAUCAUGUGCCGACCCCGGAGUCCCCCUUUUUGGAAUUCAGAAUAACUCACAGGGGUACCAGAUCGGAAGCAUGCUGUUCUACAGCUGUAAGAAGGGGUAUCUCCUCCAGGGUUCCAUCACACGAACCUGCCUGCCCAACCUCACCUGGAGCGGGGUGCAGCCCGAGUGCACAGCGCACCACUGUAACCAGCCGGAGCUGCCUGUGCGGGCGGACGUUAGUGCGCUUGAGCUCCCCUCUCUGGGCUUCACCCUCAUCUACUCCUGCCAGCCAGGCUUCUACCUGACAGGGGGCUCGGAGCACCGGACCUGUCGUGCCGACGGCAGCUGGACUGGCAAGCCCCCGCUGUGCACCGCUGAUACAAGACCCAGCGGGAAUCCAAUUGGAACUGUGAGAGAAACUCCGGUAAUUCCAGUCCCAGCCGAUGUGUUUGCCAGCAACUCUCUGUGGAAAGGCUCCUACGAGUACCUGGGGAAGAAGCAGCCCGCCAUGCUAAGCAUCACCAGGUUUGAUGCGACGACCAGCAGAGUAAACGCCACGCUCAUUGACCACAGUGGGGUGGAGCUCAAACUGGGAGGUAUCUACAAGAAGGAAGAGGUCCAUCUUAUGCUGCUGGUGUAUCAGAUCAGAGGCCCUAUCGAGAUUUUCGUCCACAAGUUCAAGAAUGAUAACUUGGCUCUUGACGGCCAUGUGUCUUCAGAAGCCUCAAGCGGUUCCUUCGUCUAUCAGGGGUUUGUUCGAGGCAAAGGUUUCGGGCAGUUCGGCCUCCAAAGAUUAGAUACAAACCUGCUGGAUGCAGAAACAGAGUCAACGGGGUAUAACUUCGCUUCAAACAGCAGUUCCGUCGCAGCUGCCAUUCUAGUGCCUUUCAUAGCCAUGAUCAUCGCAGGCUUCGCACUGUACCUCUACAAACACAGGAGGAGACCCAAGGUACCGUUCAACGGGUACGCAGGCCACGAGAACACCAACGGGAGAGCCACGUUCGAGAACCCCAUGUAUGAACGCAACAUCCAGCCCACGGAAAUCAUGGCCAACGAGACCGAGUUUACAGUCAGCACUGUCUGUACGGCCGUAUAGCACCCCCUCAACCUGCAGAACCCAGAUGGAAUGAGUGUUGCGUCACUUCACACGUCUUCAUGCGAUCCCUGUCUGAAAGCGCUCUGAAUGCGGGCUGGAGGUGCCCGGGACUGGCUGGGGGUAGUCAUUGUGUUCUUUACUUGUGACCAGACGACCACAACGAGGAAGGGAAGGACAAGCUGCACUAAAAAGAAACUUAAGGGAAUGACUGAAAAAAGAACAUUCAACCAAAUCAACCAAAAAAAAAAAAAAAAAAAAAAAACAAACAAAACAAAAAAAAGUCCUGGCAAGACAGAAAACGAUACAAGGACAAGUUUUUUUUUUAGCACUGUGGUAUCUCUCCUGUGAUGGAGUAAAGUUCUGGACAAGACACAAUGGCGUUGUACAAGUUGAUGAGGUCCAUAUGAAUUGGUGAACUUCAUAAAGACCUUCACAACACUUAGCAAAGAACUAAAACAACAACCAGUUUUCAUGCACUGCGCUGCAAACCUUCUGAAAAUCUCAGCACGUCACAAUCGCGCCCACAAGCAAAGGAACGGACACUUCUGUAAUUGAGAUAUGCGGUGGAUUACCAGGAAGGGUACCUGUAUGUUACCGUGGUUGGUAACAGAACCCGGUAAAGGUGGUACAUCUAAGACUUUAAAAACACCCAAAUCACGCAGAUUCUGGAUAUUUGGAUAACGUUCUGAAACAGGGCCUCUGUUAUCGUUUUGACCACCCCCCCCCCAAAAAGGUGUUAAAUAUGUUCUCCAUAUUUGGUUUCUUUCUGGGUCUUACACUAAGAAAGCUGUCAAAUCUACUAGGAGAUGAAGCAGAAGUGGUCACCAGCGUCUGCUGGCAAUGUUAGAUUCCUAUCACUGUCAUCACUACAUCAUUUUAAUCCCCACUGUAGGUUCAUUAUGUUCUGGGACAGGACAGGACAACGGGAAUCGAUAUAGCAUUAGCCC